UCUGUUUCUCGCCGGACAACAUUCGAGCCGCAACGCAGCCCGGAAGACCCGAACGACGCCGUUCCUUUUCGCGCAAAUGUGCGAAGUUUUUGUGCGUGAAAGCGGAGCAGUGUGCGCACCUGAAGAUGUUUUACUGGAUGAAGAGGAGCGGCGGCGGCUCCGAGGCGCUCGACAGCCUCGACAGCAUGUCUAAGGCGGAGAUCCUGAGAGGGAUCGUCACCGAGAAGCUGAGCACGGCCGCGCAGGAGAUCCUGGCGGUGGUGGAGAGGACCGUGGCCGGCUACGAGGAGGAGGCUGCGGGCUUCAGGAGGGAGAUCGACCGGCAGGGCAAGCAGCUGGAGCUCCUGCUGCAGCCCCGGGUCGCUCUGGAGCGAAAAGCUCUGAUCCCAGAAGAAGAAGAAGAACAUGAGGUUGUUGUUCUGGGUGAAGAGGAGGAGGAGGAGCAGCGCACACAGCAGCCAGGUGGCGAGGCGUCCGACGCUCUCGACUUCCUGUGGUUUGACGAGGAAGACGAAGCUGAAGGUGGUGAUGAAGAGCAGCAGCUGAAACAAGAAGAUCUGAAGGAUCCGGAUUAUCAGAUCACGUCCAGGUUAAUUUCCCCCAGAGCGCGGUCUGACAGGAGACGGCCCGGCAGACCCCGGAGCAGCGCCACACGGAGCCACCUAGACCUCAGAGUCUGCCUGCUGGAGGACCCCCGCACCGAGGUCCUGUCUAACAGCGUGUUCAGGAAGUACCCGGUGCAGGAGCUGAAGUGUCCCCGUGGUCUACCCGAGGCGGACUUCCUGGACCUGUUGCGGUCCACCUUCCCCCAGCUGGCGGCGGAGAAACCGUUCGAAGCGUUCACAUCGGACCGCACAAAGAGACUCCAGCCUCUGAGGGUGAAGACUCUCACGCCGGAGCAGAUCUGCAGCAGCAUCCGGCGGAGCGGCGCCAGGAACUCAGCGCUCUACCUCCGCCUCAAGAGCGGAGAGAGCCGCAGUGAAGACCUGGACCCUCAGGGAGACCUGGACCCUCAGGGAUACCUGGACCCUCAGAGAGACCUGGACCCUCAGAGAGACCUGGACCCUCAGGGAGACCUGGACCCUCAGAGUCCUGACCAGACGCCCGGCAGGUCGUCGUCAGAGAAGCGUCGUCGGGGCCGACCGCGCCUCGGGGAGGGGCCGACCCACCACCUGCUGCGAGUCUGCCUGCUGCAGGACUGUGAGGCCGGCAUGCUCACCAACAAAGUGCUGACCAAGUCCUUGGUGAAGGACCUGCGGUGUCCUCGUGGCCUGCGGGAGGAGGACUUCCUGGCCCAGCUGAGGUCGGCGUUCCCUCAGCUGAACGGAGACGACAAACGAUUCGACGUGUUCAAGUCGGACCGCAGCCGCAGACUGCAGCGGCUCCGCGUGACGCCGCUGACGCCCGACGAGAUCUUCAGGAGCAUCAAGUCCACCGGAGUCACCAAGACGCUGCUCUACCUCCAGAUCAAGACAGGAGAGGAGGAGGAGGAGCUAAACGAUGACAUCACCGCUGACUCUCUGUCUGCUGCAGCGGCGCUGAUUAAACAUGACGAAGCCGGACUCAGAGAGAGUUCUGCUCACGUGGAAGGUUCGGUCCGGUCUUCAGCGUCACAGCAGCAGGAAGCUGAUGAAGGAGACGCCGGCGAGGGCGUGGCGUGCUCCAGCGAAGACGGAGACGCCGAAUGGAAGCCGGAUCCUGAGCAGCUGGCAGCGGCGGCGAGGAGGCAGCGCGGCGCCAGAGCAGCCGUGGUGCAGGGGAGGCUGGUCGGCGGCAGGAAGAUGGCGUGUAAAGUAUGCGGAGUCUGGUACAGGAUCCAGGGCAGCCUGAUCAAACACGCCUGGAGCCACGUGGACGAGGCGCCGGGUGUCUGCGGCGUGUGCGGUGAGCGCUUCCAGUCUGUGGACGAGUUAAAGGGACAUCUUAAAAAAUACCAGAAAACUCAUGACUGCUCUCAUUGUUCAAAGUCGUUCCUCACCAUCACCGGCCUCAAGUACCACACCACCCUGCACACGGGAAACCGGCCCUUUAAAUGCGAUGUCUGCAACAAAACCUUCGCCCACAUGUCCAGCCUCAGCAUCCACCGCUGGGUCCACGUGGACGACAAACCCUACAAGUGCGACAGCUGCCCCAAGGCGUUUGGCCUGAUGGCGCAGCUGCGCGCUCACAGCCGUCUGCACGCCGGCCGGGAUAAGUACCUGUGCAACGUGUGCGGAAAGACGGUGUACGACCUGCGCUCCCUGACCCGACACAAGACCACGCACUCGGGCGAGCGGCGCUUCAGCUGCGAGCUCUGCGGGAAGAGAUUCAAACUGCUCAACACGCUGAAGUCGCACGAGAAGACGCACACGGAGCGCGAGCGGCCGUACCUCUGCCACAUCUGCUGCAAGACCUUCCUGUCCAACAACGGGCUGAAGGCUCACAUCAAGACGCACAGCAGCGAGCGGCCCUUCAGCUGCCUCAUCUGCAGCAAGGGCUUCAUCUCCAACGGCGAGCUGAAGGCGCAUCUGCGGGUGCACACCGGCGAGGCGCCGUACGGCUGCUCCGAGUGUGGACGCUUCUUCAAACGCAAGACUCACCUGAACAACCACGUGCGGAGCCACCUGGGCAUCAAGCUGUUCGUGUGCACCGUCUGCGGGAAGGCGUGCUCGCGGCAGGAGCACCUGACCGUCCACAUGAGGACACACAACGGGGAGAGACCAUACCAGUGCAGCGUUUGCGACAAAGCCUUCACGCAGAGCCACUGUCUGAAAACACACAUGAAGAGCCACCACGGGGCGGCGCGCCCGCUGCUGGACGCGCCCUCGUCCUGAAACACAGUUCAUCAGCCGUUUCUAUCUGAAGAGACAAAGUUUAAAGGUAAAACAUGAACAUUGAACGUUUAAAACUGUCAUCACGGCUGUUUAGAGUCCACUGACACAGUACUGUGUUUUGUUAAGACGCCAUUUAAAGUUUGUCUUCUGUUUCUGUUUCUUUAAAUGUCUCACCUCCACUUUAUUGACAAGCUUUUACAUUCCUCGUCUCGGCGCUUAGAGGAAACCAACAGUUCUCAUUUCAACGUUGCACAGGUUGAGUUUGAGUGAAACUGACCAGAACACUCAAGUCACUUUUCCCCCAAAUGAAGUUUAAACAUCUCCAAACUAAAAGAGAGGUGGUUCAAACUGAUUGGAACCUAUAUGAACAUUUUCUUUUCUUUUUCUGGAAGAAGAUAAAGUUUGUAGAGUUUUCGGUUCUGAUGUCUGUUUAGGAGAUAAAACGUCCUUAAGUUUUGUCCAAAAUAUUUCCACUCGACUACUUGAUGGAUUCUGGAUCGUGCAUAAAGCCUUUAAGACUUAAACGCUUCAAUAAAAGUUCUGAAUGUUUUCGCACUGGUCAAACCACCAAGAUACCUUCAGACUGAAUCUGGAGAGAAAGUGCAAACACACAAUCCAAAUUAAUGUAAUACUGUCAGAACAAUCAGAAGAAGCAACAGACAAACACCGACAGAAAGAACAAAGACUGAGAUUAUUUCUGAUAAAAACAUUUUGUCUGCAGUUUAAUUUUGAAACAAUGCAAAUGGGUUAGAGCAUUAAUGUGUCGCAAUAACUUCAGAAUAAGAUAUUGUGGCGCUGCAGAGACUUCACAUCUUACACUGCAGAAAAACUGUGUUUGGAACAAAACAUAAGCUCAUUUUAAUACAUUAUUUCAAUGAAAAUGACAAUCGUGGUGCAAAAAUGAUCCUUCAUCAUCCUGAUUCAUAGUGCAAUUAAACAUUUCAGUAAAAAUAAUCACAAUUUAGUUUUUCUAAAUUGUGCCGCUUGAUUUGUUCCAAAGCCAAUCACUGUAUUUAUUAUAAUAUUUCUAUAAAAGCUUAAAAAGGAACCUGAAGCCUCCAGUGCAGGGCGAGAAAACACACGGAAACAUUAUUGUAUGUUUCUAAAAGACGAUCAGUUCACUCAGGGCUCUGAGAGCUCGAAACAGACUCGACUCUGGAGGCUGAAACCCUCUGAGGCAUCCUGUGACGAUCAGAUCCUGAACUCUGAGCACCGCUCGCACUGCUCUGUCAACGGUCAACCUAACAGGAGCAGCUGCAGGGGGCGGGGCCAAGGACAGGAGAAACCAUAGAUAUUUUUCCAGCCCGUUUUGUUGCUUUUGUUUUGUUUUUUUAUGUAGGAAAACAUGUUAAACAAAAUAUUAAUCCAAGCAGAGUAUUUUUACAAACGUAAACCUAAUUAAAGAGGUUUUUGUAGAAAAAUAAAAGUCGUGAAAAAAUCUGAAAUCUGAAAAUUUCUGACUUCUCAUUUGAUAGAAAAAAGAAAACAAAGAAGAGCUGAAACAUUGAGUUGACUAUCAGUCAACAGAAUUAAUAGAUUUUUGAUUUUGGUAUAAAAACUGAGAUUUAGUGUUGAAAAUGUCUUGUGAUGCCGAGCUUUAAAAACAGAACAAUUGAAUUUGGUUAAAUGAAUCAAUCAAAUAAAAUAGAAAUAAACUUUUGGUUUAAAUAAAACAAAUCAAACAGUUAAUCAGUUCAGAAAUCAAUCGUCGUGAAUAAAAAUCUUAAUAACAUAUUUGCUUUGGCACGAUUAAAAAAAAAUAUAUUUUGGAAAAAGAAACAAAAGUGGGGAAACAAUCAACCAUUUACAGAAAAUGAAAAGUUGUUUUAAUAAUUUGUUUGAGUUAGCAGUUCCAUCGUUUCAAAUAAACAAUCUACUUUAUUUCGUUUUUACAUUUUUGUGACUGAAUAAAAAAUAAAUACAUUAAGGAAUAAGACUGUAUCCACAGAUAAAUAAUCUUGUCUGUUUUUAUACUUUAAGUUUGAUUUAUCUUCUUUGUAAAUAAACAGUUGUUGUGUUUACUGCUCGUGUAACUUUAUAUAGUUUUUACUGCAGUGUUAAUUAGUCCAAAUGUUUCUUUAAUUUCCCACUUUUACCAUAAACACAUUUCUCUUUAUAAUGUUGCCUUCAGGGUGAGUGGGAAAUGGUAUGUUUCUUCAAACUGAUGAGUUAAAAUCGACGUAAAUAACUGAAAUUAUUCCUCCUUCAUUUCAUGAAUGUUUUGCUGCUUUGAUGAAUGUGACAUCAGAACAUUGUUUAAUCCCACGGGGUCCUGAACGCAGCAUAUGGUGCCUUAAAGUGCAUGUUUUCCUCGUCAUUUAUUGCCUGUGAAUAUUAUGGUUUUACAUUUCUACUUCUGCAGCAAAAUGAAAAACUGACAAACUGUACUUGACUCUAAUUGUUUUUCAGUUGCUCUGUUACAUAUCUGUGACCAAAAUAAACCAGUUAUAUACAGUAUAUAACCGAAUACUGUAGACAGUC